GGGGAGAGAGGGGGGUUAUCAGCAACAGCAAAACGGGGUGUGGGGCGGUUAAAGGAAGAGAGUGUAUUUAACAGCUCUAAAGUGACAUGCGGCUCUGAAGACUCCCGGGAGGGGGGCGACCAGAUAUGGACAGCGUGUUGGACGGCGCGUCUGUGUUGUGCGUCUUCAAAGUGGUGUGCAGCCUCCUAAGCCUGCCCUUGCUGGUGACGUCGCGAAGUCCUGUGGGAUUCUGCGGCUGCUGCAUCCUCAUCUUCACCGAUUUCCUGCUCGCAGUUUACCUGAGCCUCCUGGGCCUCUUUGAGCGGUGGUUCGCCGAGCUGACGCCGCCGCCGGGCGUGAUCGCCCUGCGCUUCCUGCUCUUCCUGAGCCACACCUACGGCGCUGUGCUGAUGCUCAUCACACCCCUUAUCGCCGUGGAGCUUCUCACCCGAUUUCUGUGGACGACGAGAGAAGAAGAGGAAGGGAAGGAGGAAGAGGAGGAUGAAGAUGAUGCGGUGAAUGGCGGCUGGCCGUGUCACGCCAUUGGCUACUUGUGCUGUUUGUCGGUGUGGGUGGCGGUGGCCCUCAGCCUGCCGUGUCGAUGGAAGUCAGAGGAAGCCAGGGCCAUGGUUUGUUUGGUCGACAGCGGCUCUUUGAUGCGUUGUCUGCCCAACCUGCUGAGCCCCCUACCCAGAGCGAUGAGUCCCUGUUGGGGCGUGGCCUUCCUCUACUUGAUCCUGAUCCUGGUCACGUGCUCACUUCUCCUCCUCACACGAAAGAUGGUGGGCGACGGCCGGGAAUGUUCCUCCAAGGAGAAGGGAUGCACGAUGGUGCCCUUCGAGAUGCUGCGCAGGGAGGGACGGCGGGAUUCGAACUUGACGCUGGCCUCGCUGGCCGUGCUCGGCGUCCUGGUGCUUCCGCUUUACCUCGGUGUCAAUGUCCUCCUGCUAACGAGCGUGGAGACCCUCCUGGAGGCCUGCGUCCGCCUGUUUUGGGGAUCUACCCACAGAGGUUCCACCGCUGUUGUUGUCAUGGCGGUGUGAAACGAUUGGCCGCCGAUUGGAAAGGGAUUAUGGUAUUAUGGGACAGUGUUUACAUGCGAGGACUAGAUGCUGAGAAGGCAGUUUGAGGGAGGCUUGCUGGCUAAAGCCGUAAAGGAUUAGUGGUCACUUUGAGGACCACCACGCAAUGAGACUGGCUCUAGGAAAUAAAAAUAUAUGAUCAGUACCAGUUUUGACAGUGAAAAUUAAAAAAAAAAAAAAAAAAAAAAGUGGGGGGGGGGGAGCAACUUUCCCCCAAAAUGCACAUUAUAAUUCAAAAUUUAACAGACGUGAUUGUGAGUGAAUGGUUGUUGCUUCGAGCUGAUACCUCCCUAUAAGGUAUGGUGACACGAUGGUGUCAAAGCACUACCGUUAAACUAGACAAGAGUUUUAAACGGUUUGAAUGGAGCUCCUCACCUCAUUUCAACAUAAUUGAAUUUUUUUUUCUUGGCACCAAAGCAUUGAACUGACAAAAUGAAGCUCCUCUUUCAACAUGGUUCAUAAGCCCCAAGAUGCUGGAGGUUGUUGCCAAAUCAAAACUAUUGUAUCCGACAGGGUGUGAGCACAACAAUGGAAGUUUCAGUGGAAGUUUUAAAAAAGUAUUUUAAGAAAUUUAGCAUAUAGCUCAGAGCCAGCUGGGAUAGCCUACAGUUCACCCGUAACCCCAAUUAGAAAAUAUAAGUGGAUGAAUGUAUUAAUAAAAAAUAA